ACAUGGCAAAAGAGGUUGUUGUUAAGGCAGAAGAACGACCGACGACUACCGAGGAACCGCCUAAGAAACUGAAACCAUGUUGUGCCUGUCCGGAAACGAAAAAGAUUAGAGAUUCGUGUAUUAUGGAAAACGGAGAAGAAAACUGCCAGCAUUUAAUCGAAGCACAUAAGGAAUGUAUGAGAAAAAUGGGCUUUAAUGUAUGAAUCCUUCCUUAUGAUGUAAUUACUAUACUUCUAGUCUGUUUGAUAUACAUUUACAAUAUGUAUAAUAUAUUAUUUAUUUUUACAUAAU